AUCGUCUUACUUAUGAACCGCCAUUGAAUCCAUUCUCAACUUUUCUCUACUUGGAUGGAUGAAAACGAUUCGACAUUCGGUAGUCCGCGUUCAGGACACCUAGGAACAGCCUGGGAGGCAGCGCUAGUUGUCGUCUUCAUCGUCGUAUUCGCAUGCGUGAUAGGCGUGACAGUCUAUCAAGUGCGCAAACGGAAAGCUUCCCGGACACGCGCUGACGAUGAAGAGGCUGUGAUUGAGGGAAAGAGCGGCAGGCGGUCAUCGAGGGCAACACCAACUUCUUCACGACGUUCGAGGCGGCAUGAUCGGUCAUCGAGAAAACACCGGCGGUUAGGCAGUUCGAGUGGGGGCAGGAGAGAUAAGAGGCUGAGCAAGAGUAGUAGCGGCGGUGAGAAGGAUGUCGUGGUGGAGGAGGAACUCGACGAGAAGGCCACCAGCCCGGAGACCUCCCAAGAGGAUGUCACCUCGAAUCCGUCGAAACCAAAGCCCAACAGUUCCAAACGCUCUCAUCACCACAAGAAAUCGAAGAACCACGAACCAAUGCCUAUAGUACCCACCAAACCUGUACGGUAUUACUGGGACCAUAGAUGAUCAUUCACGACUUGCUUGCUUUCGACUUUCUCACUCGCUGUGUUUUAUUGGGUUUUAUGGACGUUUUUUUGUACUGUACUAUACCGCUUGUAACAUUUAUGAACAAUCUGGAUUCGCAUCAACCACUCCCCUCCU